AGCAGGACUGUUUGUGCAGAUGAGUCUGUGGAGCUACUUUGGUGAGGAUGGAGCUGCAACUGUUUCUUCUUCUAUUGGUGUUGUUCUGCAGAGGACAGAGUUGGACGCCUCCAAAGUAUUGCCAUGACCUGCCAUGCCCCAAAUUCACAUCUGAGAAGACAUCAGUUAGAGAUGUUGAGGAGCAUUUGCUUGAUGACACUGAAUGGAUUUCCACCACGAUUACGAACCCUACGUCCUCUGACCUUAUGGCGGCACGUGAAGGGCUGAGUAAAGUUACAGGUUAUGUUAACUCCUGGCCAGUGUUGGUCAACGUCACUAACGGCAAGAUUUUGGCGUUAUCCUGGUUUGUUGCUCCUGGAUCAGUGCCCAAAAUCAGUGAUUCAGAAGUCAGACUAGAGAGAGGACCUAAAUCUGUCUAUGUCAGGAGCUCAGAUCACUUUCCAACCUUGGAGAAAGGUCAAGAAGAUAAAAGGGCGCUUUGUGACGACUUGCGUAAAGGUGGGAAAACCUGCACUGAUGACCAAACUUAUUUUGUGGCUGUCUAUGACUCCUUUUUCUCUGUUGAACACUACAGUGAGAUCUGGAUCGAAAAAAACCCGUAAACUGCACAUGAUAUAAUCACUGCAGUAACUCUGGACUUAUUCAUUAAAUUAAGAUAUUAACUGUUUCACUUUUGUGGUAGAAAGCCAAGAAGAUGUGAUAGUAUCAUACUCACUUUGCACACUUAUUGCAUUAACAAAUUCUGUAUACUACCUUAUUGCAGUCCUGCUGAAAUGUACAGACAUAGUAGGUAGCCAGCAGACAGACAUUCCUGCAUGCUUCUGUUGCAUGCUGGAAACUGGUUUGGGGAAUGUUCUUGGUGUUUACCAGCAGCUCCUCCCGCUUUUGCUGAUGAGUGAUAAUAUUUUUGUCAUGUGAUAAUGCUUCUUGCUCUGAACAUACCUGCUGUAAAUCAAAAAACAACCCGUGUCCCUGCCCUGAACAAUAAAUUGUUGACAGCUUCA